AUGCAAUCUACCGGGCUGCCGCCGGGCGGACGCAUCGACUUCGGGGCACCGCAUGCCUCACGGGUGCUGGACGUGGGGAGCGACGUGCAACUGUUCUGCGACGACUUCCUGCUGACGCGCGGCACGGCCGCCUCGCGCGACUACCCGGUGAACAUCCGGUUCACGCCGGGCCCCGCCGUCAAGGACCCUGAACCGGUGAUGCUGCCGGGCCGCGACGCGACGUGGGAGACCGGCGGCAUCUACUGGAUGACGGUCCUGCACGACGGCGGCCGCUUCCGCUGCUGGUACAACACCGAUCACCACUCCGCCCGCGACCCGCGCUACCCCCAUCAACGGCCAGCCCGGGAGCCGGGCACGGUCACGCAGAUGAUGGUGGCCUACGCCGAAUCCGAUGACGGCGUGCACUGGCACAAGCCCGCCUUGGGACUCGUCGAGGUGGACGGGUCCAAGGAGAACAACGUGCGCUACAAGAUGUUGCACCGCGGCCGGACGCCGUUCGGGCUGCGCGGCGCCUACUCCAGCGACGGUCUGUCCUGGUCCAUGUACCCGUGGGGCUACAACAUCCCCGGCCUGGACACCCAGAACGUGGCCGGCUACGACCCCGUGCUGGGCCGCUACGUGGCCUACAUCCGCUCGAACAGCCUGAAGCGCGCCGGCCGCGACGUCGGCGACCGUCCCGUGCUGCCUCAGGGCUGGGGAAGAUCGGUCGCCCGCAUCGAGGCCAUGAGCUUCGACGGCACCCACCCCGAGUGGACGCAGCCCGAGAUCGUCCUGGCGCCCGAUCACGAAGACGGGCUUGACGUCGACUUCUACAACUGCCCGUGGAGCCCGUACCGGGACCUGCACCUGAUGUUCUUCUCGCCCUACCACCACUGGAGCGGCAGGCUCGACCUGCAGCUCGCCGUCAGCCGCGACAACCGGACCUGGAUACGGCCCACGCGCGUGCCGAUCGUCGCCAACAGCGAACAGCCGGGGGCCUACGACCGGUUCCGGAUCUAUGCCGGUCCCGGCAUCCUGCCGGCCGGACCCGACCGCGUGGCGCUCUACACGCGCACCGGACAGGGCACGGCGCGUGCGACGCGAGCUACACGCCGUCAUGAGGACACCGCUGCAGUCAUAGCGGGACAGGCGAGGUAG